AAUGAAUCUGAACCAAAUAGAAGCGAAAUUCAAAGAGCUAAAGGACAGAGAAAGAGACUUCAUGUUACACAGUAAAUCCAGUUCAAAGAUCCACAAAAUGAAAGGAGUCCCUAAGCAUUCCUAUUUUGAGGAGAUCUACAACGACUUUUAUGUUGCAAAGGAAGAUGAGAAAUAGAAAUGGGAAAACUAGAAUCAAUAGCCUGACUACACAGAAGAAAGAAUGACUUGUCAAUGCGGUGAACCAUGUGGCGCAAAAAGAUGGAGCUUAUAGGCUCAAAGAAAUCACAGGUGCAAAAUUCGACCCAAAUGGGAACCAUAAAGAUCAGAAUAACAAUCUGACGACUAAAAAUUUGAACAUCCUUGCUACAGAAAAUCCAGAAAAGAUAGACGAGUAUAGUGAAUCUGCAGAAUACGAAUCUGAGCCAAGCAUUACAUACAAUCAUAGAGAACUAAGAGAUAAGCAAGUAAUUAUUAGCCAGUUCUCAGUUGAACCUGAUCCCAACAAACACAAACCUUUCAGCUCUCCGAGAUCUUUCUCUUCUGAGAAUUUUAAUAAAGGAAAGGAUGAUUUACAGGAAUACCAAAAUAAGACAGAGUUAGGUGAACCGAUGUUCAGAAAUUGGGACAUGACCAUUGAACCCAAAAAUGCAAAAGUCAGGAAUGAAGCUGCUACCAUGAUAAUAAAAUAGUCAUAACAAACACAAAAGAGGAUCUCUACAAAGACCUCGGGUCAAGAAAAUUCGGUAUCUAAUGGAUCCCAUUCACAAAAUAAAGAAUGUAAUGGAAGGAGAAGUUCAAAUCGGCUGCUCUCCAUGGACAAGAAAUGAUCUAAAUUCUAUCCCUAAAAUAUACAGUAUCCCGAACAGAAAGUAUGAGAAGAGUUUCGAAAAGAUAAAUAAUUCUGCUAAAAUUCAGAGCCCAAUAGCUAGUCCGAAGAGGAUCAAUAGGCCAAUGUCAGACAAAAAUAUCACAACAGAAAGACCAGAGAAGGAGGUUGCACAUACAACUAGAGAAAAGAAUGUGUUACAAUCCUGUGGCAGUGAAGCGAUGCUUGGAAACAGAUCCCUUUCUAACAGCAAAGUGAAAUUUUAUAAGAAAUCAACAACCCACAGAGGGUCUAAUACUGAGCUCAAUGAAAUGGAUUAUAUGACUAAAAGUCAAACUAAUCUCCCAUCUAUAACCUUUACUAAAGCAGGUUCUCGAAAUAAUGAUCUCAAGGGGAUGACUACAGAGAAAUUCUUCAAGAAGGAUAUUAAAUCGUAUGAACAGAUGAAGAGGAAACCUUUCAAAUCUGUUUCAGAGCAUUUUAAGAUCCUUGAGACAAAAGCUGGUGUAAAAUUUGAUCACUCUAGUCAAUCACCACCUCGCAAUAACUCAAGUUUGUUCUUAAGGAACUUCCACAACUGUGCAAAUGAAAAACUAAUCCAAGAAAAUGUGCUUUUGUUCAAGAGCCAAACUAGAAAUAAGGCAGAGUCUAUUAGACCAGAAAACAUCAUAAAUACCAUUCCUAAAAGAGAGCAAUAUGCUGCGAAAAAUUAUCUCAUGCUUGAGGGGCAUAACCCUCACUGGAAAAUUCUACAAUCUGAGCUGCUUCGGAGAAGUCAUCAAGAUAAAAUGAGCCAUUUCACUAGUUUCGAUGAAUAUUCAGAAAUUGACAGACAUCUCAGAAUGGCUGUUAAUGAAGCGAGAAAACUUGAUGCUCAAAACAUGCUGGUUAACACUCAUGGUUGUAUUAAGCCAUUCCAAAGUCAAAGAAAAGCUGGGAGAUUUUCUCAUCCCUUAAAAACUCUCAACCAACCUAAUAAAGAAGAAAUUCCUAGCAUAGUGCAUAACAAGGAUUUGAUUCAAGAUCAGGCUAAAGCCCAGAAAAACUUGGAUAUCUCACUUGGAUAA